GAGUGAACAGCGCAAAUUCAUCUAUGGGACUUCAAUCUAAAAUGGCGUGGCAGCCAGAGGAGAAUGGUCUCCAACAGAUAUUGCAACUGCUGAAAGAAUCUCAGUCACCAGAUAAUGCCACCCAGAGAAACGUUCAACAAAAACUUGAAGAGCUGAAUAAGUAUCCCGAUUUUAACAAUUACCUAAUUUUUGUGUUAACAAAGUUAAAAACUGAAGAUGAUCCAACCAGGUCCCUCAGUGGAUUAAUUCUAAAGAAUAAUGUCCGUGCUCAUUUUGAGAAGUUCCCCUCAGAAGUCACAACAUUUAUAAAACAAGAAUGUUUAAACAAUAUUGGGGAUCCCUCUCCACUCAUCAGAGCUACCAUAGGAAUCCUGGUAACUACGAUUGUAGCCAAGGGAGAACUGAGGAACUGGCAGGAACUUCUACCAUCGUUAUGUAACAGUCUGGACUCUGAUGAUUACAAUGUUUGUGAGGGAGCAUUUGGUGCACUUCAGAAGAUUUGUGAAGACAAUGCAGAAGAUUUAGAUAAUGAUAGUACCAGACCAUUAAAUAUACUGAUUCCUAAGUUUUUACAGUUCUUUAAGCAUAAUAGUCCUAAGAUCAGGUCACAUGCAAUAGCCUGUGUAAAUCAGUUCAUUAUCAGUAGAACCCAGGCCCUAAUGGUUCACAUAGACAGUUUUAUAGAGAACCUGUUUUUCCUGGCAGCAGAUGAAGACACAGACGUAAGAAAGAAUGUGUGUAGAGCAUUAGUCAUGCUAGUGGAAGUCCGUAUGGAUCGUCUUAUCCCACAGAUCAACAAUAUUGUGGAGUAUAUGAUGUGUAGAACCCAAGAUGAUGAUGAUAGUGUAGCAUUAGAAGCUUGUGAAUUCUGGUUGUCAUUGGCAGAACAACCUAUAUGUAAAGAAGUACUAGGAUCACAUAUAGAUAGACUUAUACCUGUCUUAGUUAAAGGAAUGAAAUACUCAGAAAUAGAUAUUAUACUUUUAAAGGGUGAUGUAGAAGAAGAUGAUAUGGUUCCAGACAAAGAAUCGGAUAUCAAACCAAGAUUUCACAAGUCUAAAUCACACACACAGAAACACACAGAUGGGGAUGCUGAUGGUGAACUAUCAGAUGAUGGAUAUGAUGAUGAUGACAGUUUAUCUGACUGGAACCUAAGGAAGUGUUCUGCUGCUGCACUGGAUGUGUUAGCCAAUGUCUUUCGUGAUGACAUAUUACCAGUGUUAUUACCUAUAUUGAAAGAGACAUUGUUUCAUAAUUCGUGGGAAAUCAAGGAAUCAGGAAUAUUAGUGUUGGGAGCUAUUGCAGAAGGUUGUAUGACUGGAAUGAUUCCACACCUUCCUGAGUUGAUACCAUACCUGAUCAGCUGUCUAGGUGAUAAGAAAGCUCUAGUUAGAUCUAUAACAUGUUGGACAUUGAGUAGAUAUGCUCACUGGGUUGUAGGACAACCACAUGAGCAGUAUCUCAAACCAUUAAUGGAAGAGUUGUUGAAGAGAGUAUUGGAUGCCAACAAGAGAGUACAGGAAGCUGCUUGUUCAGCAUUCGCUACCCUGGAGGAAGAGGCCUGUACAGAACUGGUUCCUUAUUUAGGCUUCAUACUUGAAACUUUGGUGUUUGCAUUCAACAAAUAUCAGCACAAGAACUUACUGAUAUUAUAUGAUGCUAUAGGAACUCUGGCAGACUCUGUAGGCCAUCACCUUAACAAACCGGAGUAUGUCAACAUGUUAAUGCCACCACUCAUAGAAAAAUGGAAUGUCCUGAAGGAUGAAGACAAAGAUUUGUUUCCUUUGUUAGAGUGUUUGUCCAGUGUAGCUACAGCUCUUCAGUCUGGUUUCCUGCCAUACUGUGAACCAGUCUACAGAAGAUGUGUGUCUCUUGUAGAACAGACAUUGAACCAAAAUUUUCGCCACAGUUAUGGUGUCUUGCAGGCUAACCAAACCCAACCAGACCAAGUAGAUCCUCCAGAUAAAGACUUUAUGAUAGUGGCAUUGGACCUGUUAAGUGGACUAGCUGAAGGACUAGAACACCAUAUAGAUUCCUUAGUAGCUAAUAGUAACAUCUUGAAAUUACUGUAUCAGUGUAUGCAAGAUCCUAUGCCAGAAGUACGACAGAGCUCAUUUGCCUUGCUUGGUGAUUUGACAAAGGCUUGCUUUCAGCAUGUUAGACCUUGUAUUGGGGAAUUCAUGCCAAUCCUUGCAGCAAAUUUAAAUCCUGAGUUCAUAUCUGUGUGUAACAAUGCUACAUGGUCGAUUGGAGAGAUUUCAGUUAAAAUGGGUAUAUCAACCGUUAAUAAUAAUAAUAAUAAUUUAAUUAAUGGAACAGGAAACGACAUGCAGCCCUAUAUUACCAUGGUGAUAAGUCCACUUGUAGAUAUUAUAAACAGACCUAACACACCAAAGACAUUGUUAGAAAACACAGCGAUAACAAUUGGUCGCCUUGGUUUAGUCUGCCCACCAGAGGUUGCUCCUAUGUUACAGCAGUUUAUUCGGCAGUGGUGUAGUUCUCUAAGAAACAUUCGUGAUAAUGAGGAAAAGGAUUCUGCAUUCCGAGGCGUUUGUCAGAUGAUUAAUGUGAAUCCAGGGGGAGUUAUUCAAGACUUUAUAUUUUUCUGUGAUGCAGUUGCUUCCUGGUCACAACCAAAAGCUGAUUUGAAAGAAAUGUUUUAUAAGAUUUUACAUGGUUUUAAGAAUCAAGUUGGAGAGGAAAACUGGACAAAGUUUUCUGAUCAGUUUCCUCAGCCUCUCCGUGAGAGGCUAGCCGUUCAAUAUGGAGUGUGACUCAAGACUUCCAAAAGUCAUGGGGUUAAGGGAAAGUGCUGCCAGGGAAUAUCCCACAGCACCAUGGGUCAACACACAUGGGGUUGGCAUCGCGAAGGGGAGGGCCAACGCGUAGGGGGGCCUCUGCAAUACACAGCAUUGUAACAAGUAGGGAAUUUUUAUUUCCUUCUAAUAAUGCUGUGGCUGCAGCUCCAAAUUUUACACAUCUCGCGGAAAGGGUGGGUCGCGUCACUGGGAGGGCUCGCGUUACAUAUAUAUCAUUACCACAGACAUCCUACUGGAUUGUUUAGAUAAAUUGCAUGCUUUCUCAGACUUUGUAUUGUAUAACAUCACUUUGCAGUGUAUGUAUGUCCAACUUCUAUUUUGUUAGAAACACCUAUUUAUAGUUGUUCCUCAAAACUAUUCAGUGUUUUCAGACAUUCACAAGUGUUUUCCAGAAAUUUGGGAUGAUGUAUCAGUUUAAAGUGAAAUGGUUUCAUGGAGAUAGGGAAAAACCUUUUUUAGAACAUUGAAUCAUAUGGAAACACAUUUGAAAAUGGAUGGUUUGUUAAUAGAUAACCAAAUUAUACAACACAGUGAGGUUAUAAAUUUUAAUUUUGAUUUAUGAACUAACACUUGUGCAAUGUUUCUGGACACAUGAUGGUAUAAGACAUUUAUUGUAUUUUGUCAUUUACUUAGGAAUGUUAGCUUCUUAGUGUAGCAGGGCUUAACUCAAGUAGUAUAUUUUAUGAAACAUCAAUAGUAAAGGUAAUUCUAAUUAAAACAGUAUAAAAGUUGUUCAAUAUCUACUUUUUUAGAAUUUUUGACAUCCAAAUUUGAUGUUGUGACUACACUCAAGUAAAUUUGGACAUAUAAAGGAUAUUGGAAUAAAGUACAAACAUGUGGCUUGAUUAUAUCAAUUAUGCAUGUUUCUUCACAAGUCUUGUGUCUUAAGUUAUGUGACAUAUAUUGUUUGAUAAAACUUUGAAUCUUGAACCUUAAAGUUAAUUGGUAAGGAACUUUAAAGUUGUGAAAAUCAGUCGGUACAGUUAAGGUUAAAAGUUAAUCCAGAUUAUGAAGAUUCCAAAUGCACAUUUUAGAUUUUAUUUCUAUAGAUGAAGGAAAUGUUUUGCAGGAUUAAAACAAUUUUCAAUUAUUUUGAUUUAAUUUUUCAGAGUGGGUUAUUUUUAAUAUUAUUUAUUAGUAAAAUGGGAACAAAUGUGUUUUGAUUGUUAACCCUGAUAUAGCACUAAGAAGCUAUUCAUAUUAAUAUAGAGGUAAGAUAUUUUCUAUUUUCUUGAUUAAAUAAUUUUUGGAGAGCAUAACCAGUGAAUCAACACGACUUGAGCUGUGACAAAUUGCUGUGAUGUUUGUCACAUUGACCUACUCAUAGGUGAUAGGUCAGGAUCAUGACCUUGUAAGGGUUGGUAGGAGAAGACUAGCACUUGAGCAUUUCACAUUGUAAUUGCAUUAGCAGUGUAUUGAAGUUAGUUGAAAAAAGUGGUCCCAUUUAAUUUUAAUUCAUUUAACAUAAUAUUUGCAGUUUAUGCUUGUCCAGGAGGAAAUAAUUUUGUUUAUACUUUUUUGGGUAGAAAUCUGCUAACAGCUCUUCAUUGGUACCAUUUGAAAAAAUCAUUUAGUAUGUAAAGUUUAUAACUUAGUUUCCCUGAAGCUGAAGCAAUUAUUGAUAUAGUUGGCUAGUAACUGAAGCAAUUACUUUGUGGAAUGUUUGGGUACUCUGCUCUUGUUUUAUUUUUUUUUUAUUUGUCUGUGAUCUAUACAUAUAUUUGUUAUUUAAUUUUUUGCAGUGAGGAUUUUAUUUUUUUAGAUUUUUUUUUUCUCUGUUGUUUUUAAAUUUUUACUGUUGUAUAUUUUGUACGUUGUGUUAAGUGAUGUGUUAUUGAUGGUAUUUCUACACAGGAAGUGUUCAUAAUUCUGGGAUUUUUUUUAACUGGUUAAUUGUCAGGUAUCAAAUUUUAAACACUGGGUCUCAACACAAUACAGUCUGUAGAUCAUUAGUGCUGUUGUAAAUACAUCUUUUAUUGUGCAUGCUUUAAAAUUAAAAAAGAUAUAUGAA